AUGGAGACGGAGACGAAUCUCGUAUUGAGGAAACCGGAGCUAAAACCACACAGCAGCCACAAGCAGCGAUUCCACUCUUCGAACGCGUUAGAGAUCCUGAGAGAAUCCGUUCGGAUCCUCCGGUACAAUCUCGGCGCUUUCAUGUUAACCGCCGCCGUUUUGAUCUGCCCCGUCUCUGCUCUCAUCUUACCAAACUUCUUAACCGAUCAAUCGCUGGUGAACAAACUCACAGUGAAGCUCCUCCUGGUAGCGAAAUCGAGCGGCCUCCCUCUGCAGCCGCUCGUCAAACACUCUUGCCAGAAAUUCGCCGAGACCGCCGUCUCCUCCGCAAUGUGUUUCCCUCUGUUCAUCACCGUCUCUCUCUUGUCGAGAGUAGCUGUGGUUUACUCUGUGGACUGCACUUACUCGAAAGAGAAAGUCGAGAUAAGCAAGUUCUUGGUCGCGUUGCAGAAGCUCUGGAGACGAGUCGUGCUCACUUACCUCUGGAUCUGCGUUCUCAUCGUUGGCUGCUUCACUUUCUUCUGCGUUCUUCUAGUAGCAAUCUGCAGUUCCUUUUACGUUCUCGGAUUCUCUCCGGACUUCAACGCUUACGGAGCCAUCUUGGUUGGUUUAGCGUUCUCUGUGGUGUUCGCAAACGCGAUCAUAAUCUGCAACACGGCGGUGGUGAUCUCGGUGCUUGAGGAUGUUUCAGGGGUUGGAGCGUUGAUGAGAGCUAGUGAUCUGGUCAAAGGGCAGAUUCAGGUUGGUUUGCUGAUAUUUCUUGGGUCGACUUUAGGGUUGGCGUUUGUGGAAGGACUGUUUGAUCACAGAGUGAAGAAAGUGAGUUAUGGAGAUGGGUCUUCGAGGCUAUGGGAAGGGCCUCUUCUGGUGUUUAUGUAUUCGUUUGUGACGCUUGUGGAUUCGAUGAUGGGUGCUGUGUUCUAUUUCAGCUGCCGGGUUUAUUAUAGUAUGGAUGCUUCGAGAGAAGAAACUCAGGCUAUCAUGGAAACCGUUGCAGUUUUGGAUACUUAUCGCCUUCGCCGUCGUUUAACAUCACUGUCACAACUGCAUCACCGUCGUUCAGUCUCGUCGUGUAUAGACCUUUAUCAUCAUCUUGCCCUAAUGGACGAGGGACGUCAAAAGGACUUGCAGUUGCUGGAGGAAAUUAUCGAUAAAGGUUUAAAGCAGAAGCUUGUACACAUAACUGCUUCACGGGACAAGAUCUUUGAAGAACAAAAAGUAUUCUCUGACCUGCGCAAAAACCUAGAAACUCUGGAGAAAAAUGGUGUAAAUAGUCUCAAAACAAUGGUCAACCUCGGCUCAGAAGUUUACAUGCAGGCUGAAGUGCCAGAUACAAGGCACAUAUUCAUGGAUGUAGGGCUUGGCUUUUAUGUGGAGUUCACGCGGCAAGAAGCUCUUGACUAUAUUACACAGAGAGAGGAAAGAAUUAAAAAACAAUUAGAAGAGGUUACUGGUGUUAUUACGCAGAUCAAAGGGCGCAUCAAACUGGCUCAUUUCCAGAUUCAGCAGAUACUCAAUCUUCCUGAAGAGAAUUCAUCUUCAUCAUCCCGGAGACAACGUGUGAUGGAACCAGCACAGAACACAGGCGCAGGGAUUGGUGGGAGCAAUGGCACGAUGAGAUACCAAACGAAUGAUGGCAUUGCAGCAGCAGCUGCUGCUGUUGACGAUUCAAAGGAGAAUCUGAACCAAGUCAUAAACUCUAUUCAGAAAACUCUGGGGCUUCUUCAUCAGUUAGACCUUACCAUCACUUCUUUCACACCCGCUUCUCAGCUCCAUCUCCUCCAGCGCCUCAAUUCUGUAGUGGUGGAGCUGGAUAGCAUGGCUAAGUUGUCCGAGAAAUGCAACAUUCAAGUCCCCAUGGAGGUUCUUAACUUGAUUGAUAAUGGGAAGAAUCCUGACGAGUUUACAAGGGAUGUUCUUAAUAGCUGCAUUGCCAGAAAUCAAGUUACCAAGGGCAAGACUGAUGCUUUUAAGGAUUUGAGAAAGCAUAUCCUGGAGGAGCUUGAACAGACUUUUCCUGAUGAAGUUGAUGACUACAGAGAAAUCCGUGCUAAUUCUGCAGCUGAAGCAAAACGGCUGGCUCAAUCGCAAAAUGUGUUACCAAAUGGGGAUGCGAAGGUUAAGAGUGAGCUAUAA